AGCUGGACAAGUAUCUCAAAGACGAGCUGUACGUACAAGUUGAAAAUGACUUGGGGCUUCCAUUUAAUCUUUUAGACUGGUGGAAGACAAACAGCUCAAAAUACCCAAUUAUGUCUCUAAUGGCCAGAGAAAUUCUUGCUAUACCAGUAUCUUCUGUUGCAUCUGAGUGUGCUUUUAGCACUGGAAGUCGUAUUUUAGACCAGUAUCGAAGUUGUUUGACUCCUGAUAUGGUUGAAGCGUUGGUUUUGACCCAAGACUGGUUACGUGCAUCACUUCGUUCAGAAGCAAUAAAGACUCUUGAAAAUCUAGAAGAAGAAAACCAAUUCAUGGAUUCAGGUAUUUUAGUUUGUUUUUUUUAAGAAUCCUAAGUGAGUAAAGUCUCACAAUCUCCCAUAUAUGAACUAAUAUCUUUUUUUUUUAAUUUGAAUUUGUUAGAGUUUCAUCCUCAAUCUCAGAAUGAAAGUGAGCUUCACCCGUCUCUGUAAGCGUAAAACGGUAAGCUUUGCUAAGGUUAUAUUAGUUUUAUAUAAUGCUUAAUGGUUCUAUAUAAGAUAUGAAUAUUGGUUUGAACGAUUAUCAUCUUUAAGUUAUUGUCUUGUUGCAGAUUAUUGUUGGGGGCAUGAGAAAGACGUCUGGAUUUUCCUUUUUUUCUCUUUAUAGUUAAAUUGGGUUUUUGAUUUUUGUUUGGCUUUAUAAUUUAGUGAAGAUCUGUUUUACGUUGGACCAUAUUUGGUAUUUAGUUUUUGGAUACAUUGUUUUUUGACGUUUAGUAAUGGGGGUUUUUAGCUAAGACCAUCCGCAACGGGGUCCGUGUGUGAUCCUUAGCGAGUCCGUCGCAUUAUAAAAAUAAUAUACGAGCCAAAAAAGGGAAGGAUUAGUCCGUAACUAAGGAUUAAACGGACUUGAUCCUUAGCGACGUGUCAUAACCUGAGUGGUCCGGUCGGUUUUCGUCUUUGCUCUAUCAAAAAAAAAUUAAAACAUUUGCGACCGAAGCCGAGAAAAAAAAAUAGCUCUCGACGAAAGACGAUUUGUGGCGAUUUCGAUCCGUCCCGAGACCAAGGUAAAUCUUCCGAUUCUCUUGCAGAUUUAUGGAUUAGAAUUAGGUUCGAUGUUGUUUUUCUCUCAAUCGGUUUGGUUUUGUGUUUUCAAUCGACGGGUUUGAUAACGAUUUUGGGGAUUCAAUUUUUUUUUUGAAAUUAGGGUUUCGAAGAAUUUUUUUUCCAGUCGAUUUGGGGUUUAAGGUCGUUUGUAGGUAGGGUUUGAUUACGUUCGAUGUUGUUUUCCUCUCAAUCGGUUGGGUUUUUGUGUUUUCAAUCGACCGGGUCUGAUAACGAUAUUGGGGUUUCAAAAAAAAAAAUUUCACUCGAUUUGGGGUUUAAGGUCGUUUGUAGUUAGGCUUUGAUAACGAUUUUGGUUUUCAAUACCAUUUUAGCACUUGUUGUUAGCGUUUUGUACUUAUUGGUCUCAAAGAAGUUGAAUGUACUUAAGAGUCAUGUAGAUUAUAUGUUCAUUCAAAUGCUUGUUUCAAUUGAUUUCGGUUACAUGAUUUAUCUCAGGUUUACGAAGAAUGGGACAAGAUUAUUCAUACAGCCAGCCUUCUUCAUCAGAUGAGUACGACAUAACCUCACUUAUUCAAGCUGAAGCUGAACUGUACGGGGAUGAAGCUGAGAGUAACUACCAUAUUGCUGAGCCGCUUCAGUACCAACCUCAACCCGAGUGUGACGAAGGAAUCCCGAGGAUAUGCUACUGUGGUGGUGACCCUGUUGUUGCAAUAUCUUCCACGGCUAAAGAUCCAGGGAGAAGGUACUUCACCUGCCCCAAUGUCGAUGAUGGGGACUGCCACAUUUGGAAAUGGUGGGACGUGGCUAUUACGGAGGAGAUGCGUGAGUUUCAGACACAACUUAGGCAGCUUAAGGAUCAAGGUUUUGAGUGUGAGCAGAAGCUGGUAAAGCUACAGAAGACUGUCUGUGAGUUGUCUAAGAAGAAAUUGGGGAUUAUUACAAAUGCCUUUGCAAUGGAAGUUUGUCUAGUGGUCUCUGCAGUAGUUUUUUUAGGUUUGCCGGUCAUGUAUCUGUCUGGUAAGUUACUCUCUUGUGCUUUUGGGUUGGUCUUUAUGCAUUUUUGUUAAAAAAAAUUGUGACUGUUUGAUCUCAUGUUGUUACAUGAAGAGCUUCAAAGAAGUAAAAGCGAGUGUCUAAAACCUCGAGAGUGUCCGUAUAAUAAGGUACGAUGCUACUAUUUCCUAGUUAUAGUUGUGUAUGACUAUUGCUUUGUAUUAUAUAAAACGUAUAGUAGUGUAAAAAAUUGAAAACUUAAAAUCUAAAACUAAAAAAAAAAAUUUGAAAGUCUAUUUUCUUUGAAAGUAUUUGCGUUUAAAUGCUUGUUGUUUUGCUUUCCACUUCCUACCGCCUCAGAUGUGAUUGUUUUAAAUGUUUUAGAACGUUAUGAACUCGGUUUUAGUCUGAUUUGAUAUGUGUUUAAUGCAACUAGUUUGCUUUCUACCUUCCUAAC